GAUUCUGCAGCAUAAACAAUACACAUAAAAGGGUUCACGUUUUGUGCACCUCAUUUCCUGUAUGAGAAUUGUGCACUAGGGAGAUGCACCAAAUAAGCAUGCAGAGACCCAUUAUCUGGAGAAAGCAAAACACAGCAAACUAAUGUGUUCUUCCACAUAGCAGAGAGCAUCUUAAAACAUGUCAGAAAACUGCUUUGAUUUAUUGGUGCCGUUAGUGAUUAUUUCAUUGGCAUUUCUAAUAUCGCUGACUAUUAAUAUUGUUCACUGUGUCAUGAAACAUAGAAAAGAGAAAGACAGUAAAUAUUACAGCCCGUGCAACAUAAGUUAUGACCAGCAGUACAUUGAAACUAACCCAAUUUAUGGAAACCUGAAUCAGUCAAUGCUUGAUCAUACUGAUGAAUGUUGUUAUGAACCAAUGGCAACCCCACAAGAAAGAAACAGGCAGGAAACCCAGGUGGAAUGUGAAGAACCGAUGUUUUAUGCAUCACUUAAUCUCAGUCCUAAAAGACCUGGGAGAAAACGAAAGAAGAAAACGAGGCCAAUCAGUAACCCAAGUUGUGCAGAAGACAAAUCGGCCAGUACAAAUAAUAUUUUGUCAACUUCCAGUAUAUACUUGAACAGUGAGCAGCUAACAGCUGAAUGCAUAGCUGGAAAUGAUUUGUUGCAUGAUGACCCAGUCAAAGUUUACCACUUGUUAAAGAAGACAAGAAAUAACAUGGCUAUGGAAGACAAAAAUCAAGUUUGAAUGGGCAAACUGAGAUAAACAGGAAUUUUCCUUCUAGAGCAUUCUACAUUAUAGCAAAAUUUCAAUUUAUAAUAUUUGUAAUGUAAGUUGUGAGUGAAUUGGUUAGUGGAUCCUGCAUAUGAAUAGACAUGUUGCCUGCAAAUCAACUUUGUCACUUGCAUCGAAAAAACAAAGAAUGUAGUUAACCCAGUGGUUCCCAAACUUUUUUGAGUCACGGCACCCUAGUGUAUAAGAAUUGUUUUCACGGCACCCCUAGGCCAAAAGUUUCUUAUUGAAAAAUUCAGAAAAAAUAUAUUAAAUUACGUAAACCAUGCGUAUAUGUCAUCCUUAGGUUCAGUUAUGUGGCGAGGGACAGGAUUCACUUCUGUUUGUCCACAUUUGUUAUGAUGGGAAGCCCCAAACACUGGUUCUGUCUAUUUCAUAGACCAUAAAUAAUUAGAAUUGGUCCUGGACCACCAACCCAGGACACCCCUGCAAGUACCCUGAGGCACCCCAGGGUGAGAACAACUGAUCUAACCAUAUACUAAAAUAUAUUUCAUAUACUAUUUAUAAAUCUACAAUUGUGCUGAUUAGGGCUGAUUUUCCCUGAAGAAUCUGAAGAUGAUGGAACAACUACAGUACAAUCUUGAGUUUUAAUCAUUUGUACAAAGAAACAGUUAUCAAGCCUACAUUUUAAGAUGCCAGUGAAGACCUGCUAUUAUCGUUUUCAUUACUUUAGCACAGUUUACGUGAACACGGGGACAUGUUUAUAACAUGUGCCAUGGGUUGGUGUCUAACAUCAGUGUAAACUUACCUGGCACCUUCACUGUUUGUUUGUUCUGCUCAUUUGUUUAUGUACUUUGUAAGGUUCUGUGAACCCUUGUGGCGCCAUAUAAAUA